CUUCAGAGCUGCCUGUGUGGAGACCUACCAGUCCCAGGUCAGAGAAAAUAACACUUGGAAGACAGGUGGAGCAUCCUCAGUAAAACACCCAUGACUGCUCUAGUGAAGCUGAAGAUGGACACAUCGUGCUGACUCCUUUUGACUGUGGUAAGAAGAAAAGCGACGGCAGGAAAUUCUCCUUCGUACGUGCCCGCUCAGCACCAUGAUGUCUGGAAAGGGUAAAGGUGGGGCUGAUGGUGCUGGUGUUUCCAACAUUUCAUGCCACAUAGACUCAGAGUUUCGCUACAACCUCUUCACCGUUUUCUACAGCAUCAUCUUCAUUCUCGGCUUUGUUGCCAACUGCUACGUGCUCUGGAUUUUCAGCCACAUUUACCCCAUGAAGAAACUCAAUGAAAUCAAGAUAUUCAUGGUGAAUCUGACAGUAGCUGACCUGCUCUUCUUGGUUACGAUGCCAAUGUGGAUUGUUUACUAUCACCACCAUGGAGACUGGAUCAUGCCUGAGUUCCUCUGCAGCGUGGCUGGCUGUUUAUUUUUCGUUAACACCUACUCCUCUGUUGCCUUCCUGAUGGUCAUCACCUACAAUCGGUACCAAGCUGUGACUAACCCCAUUAAAGCUGCUCAGUUUACUACCCAGAGAAGAGGUAUCUACUUAUCAGCAGCUAUCUGGAUCAUAAUAGUGGGCAGCUCUUUGUAUUACCUUUUUGACAAUAAUACUAAUCAAGAGGAAAUCAAUUCGAAGAAUUUCACGCGGUGCUUUGAGCGCUAUGACUCUUCUGAAGGUGUUUCAGCUGUUCUUGCAAUUCAUGUCAUCAUUUGUGUCCUCUUCUAUAUCAUUUUCCUUUUUAUACUAGGCUGGAACAUCAUCAUUAUCAGGACCCUGUUCUCCAAAUCAGUGCAGCCAAGGAAGAAUGCUCACGUGAAGCAAAGGGCGCUCUGGAUGGUGUGCACAGUGCUGGCUGUGUUCAGCAUAAGCUUCGUUCCUCACCACAUCGUGGACCUGCCCUGGACCCUGACAGUUCUGGAGCAGUGGCAGAAGGAAAACUGUCAGUUGCGCCAACAACUCAACGAUGCUCACCAGGUGACUUUGUGCCUCCUGAGUAUGAACUGUGUGUUGGAUCCAAUCAUCUACUGCUUCCUCACCAAGAAGUUUCAAAAGCAUCUUUCAGAAAACCUGAAAAGCAUGAAAGGGAGUCGCAAGUGCUCCAGGCAAACCACGGACACAGUGCUUGAGGGCACCAUUCACCAAGAGGAUGCCAUCAUGAUCUAGGGUUCUGUUUGCAGGCUGAGAGGCAUGAACUAGUCACUCAAGAAGAGGCACUGAGGGACACAGCAGAGGACCAGGAUAUUAUGUUUCCUUUUUCCCAUUAGGCAGAAGAAUGGACGCUCGUUUCUUCUACCAUGUGCAACUGGUAGAACUGGAACCUGUAAUGAUCUGGCAGAAAAGCACCUCCUGGAUGGGCUGAUGUUCUCACAGCUCAGACAAUACACUUUUACAUGAAAGAAGUGUGUCAUUGAGUCUCUGCAGUGAGCAGCUAGGAGCUUAGUGCACUGAAAUUAUCCAUUCUGUCAGCCCGGAUAGCACUGUCCCUGGUCCUUUGCCUGCCCAGCUCCCAAGAAGCUCCCAGCAGCAGAGCUGCAAGAGUUUUCUGAAAAACCUGGAAGAAAAGACUGAGCUGCUAGCAUCAUCAGGUGACUUUUCUAAGAAGCUUGCAUGGUUCUGUGAAGAGACUCUGAGCUGAAGAAGCUCUUGAGUGGCUAGAAGGCACGAAGUCUGAGGAGUUCCUCAAAGCCAUCAAAGAAGAGAUCUGCACCCCUGAUCCCCUCUUACCUACUCACGUGUUCUGCUGGGGUCCAUACUUGACAGAUGUCUGGGAGCUGCCAUUACAAACUUUUUGCCUUUGCUCUCAGCUCUUGAAUCAGUCAAGUAACUAGUAAGCAAGACACAGAAGAGAACUUGGCAGAGCCUCAGUCCCCAUCCCCAGACCAGCACUAUAUCCAAAGGGGACUGUUGUCUGCCCUGGCCUCUUGUAUGAGAGUUGAACUGGAAAACCAGUGGUCUCUUGCACACAAUUUAGUAAUUUUUGGCUGAAUCCAUGUGUCUGUGGAGAUCCAGUCUCACUUUGGAGGCUCCAGAUAACAGAAGAUUAUUGUCAGCACAGACAUUACAAUAAGAAAAAGCUUAAAAUGCUUCAGCAUCUUAUUUAUUUAAAUGUGGGUUGCAGCAAGCAACUGUACCUCAUUCUGUACCCCAGCUUUUCUAUUUCUGCUGUGAAGAGGUGAAGCUGACUAGUUCUUGAGAUCCUACCAAAAGUGAAGCCAUAGGUCAGGUCGUGGCUGCUUUCUGAGUGCACCAGUGAUGCCAGACGUGUCACUCAUGCACUUGGACAAGCCUGGAACCUCCUGACUCAGGGCUGGCUGCCUGCACUGGGGCCGAGGUCAACAUGGCUUUUCAGGGCUGCUGAAUUCUCUUACCAAUCACGAGAUACUUGAGGUUCCUUUUGUGCCCCAAAUUGCUCAAUCCAGCACAGGAAAUUGGGUGGGGAAGGGAACUUACUUGUUUUCGUAACAGCUUUUAGUUCCCUAAGCAACACAGGAGAGUCUGGUUGGCAACAGAAGCCUGACCUGUGACAUUAUCAGUAUGCAGGGCAGCAGCUCUCCCACACCCAUCAGAGCAUUACAAGGCAAACAUGGAAGAUCUCAAGUCUUUUCAAAGAUAGGAUGAAUGUUUGUAUCAGAUUUUGCCUUUAUUCCAUGGAGAUACAGGUCCAACAUAUCCUAUGUAUCUCCUGAAGAUCCUCAGGGAGCUUUUCUGCUCAUCUGUGCAAAUGAGCAAAAGAACUAAGAUGUUUCUUUCUCUGCUGCCACCUGCCAGGGCCACCCAUGUGCUGUGUUCAGUGCCAGAGGAAAGAAUCUGAUCACAAAGUGACUUCAUUUCCUUCCUGGUCCUAUAAAGGCCACCCAUAAAAAAACACCUGCUGGCACCUCUGAGCAGAGAAACUUCCUCCCUGACCAAGCCUCUCAGCUUUGCCCUUGAAUCUGCAGUUAUCCAAGCCCCAGCACACAGCCAGGAGGGCAAUUUCUGUCAUGGAAAAGCUGAAAUCCCACUUGCUGGAGGAACCUGCCCCUGCCCUCCCCAGAUGGCACGUUCUGAGGAGCUCCUGGAGCUGCAGGUGGUGUGGAGCUUUCCUCUCCUUCCCUUGCCACAGUGGAGCUCUCUUGCUUCACAGUCCACAGAGCACUGAACAGUGUGACAGCUCUUAGAGGAAAUGGAACGGGACUUUACGGGCAGGUCUGUUAAACAUGUGAUCCUCUCCUACUGCUUCCUGGUAAGUUUGCAACAGAGUUGACAAUUUAGGCUACUUACUGUGGGUAAAUAAGAUGCUUUACUCCCCAGAAAACAGCUGAAAGGCCAGAUGGGCUCAGACAGCAAAUGUGAACUUGCAUCUAAGGAAGAGUAAGUGGAGGAAGAAGCCCUGAGGGCACUCGAGGAGGCUGUGUUGCAGUCAUUAAGUCAGUAACAAUGUGCCUCUAAAAACUAGUCUGAACUUUUGCUUCUGUUCCUGGAAUUACUUUCUGGGUUUUACCACAAUGCUGCAUUACUCUGCUUUACUUUACAAUAAAAUGGAUCCUCAAAAGUUCUUUUAAAUAAAGCCUG